UGGAAAAGCCAUUCGCCACCGUUGGUUAGCGCUACUGUAUCUUGUAUCUGACAUACUCGGACUCUGUUGACUUAUUUUCGAAAGACUGAUAAUGGAUUUCACGUUGUAAUCGCUACAGACGAUAUUUUCAAAAUAUUUUUGUGUUUGUUUUUGGUUGCACUUCGUGACAGAACAAUUAAUAUUAUAAAACUUGAAAGUUUUGUUCGGACUUAAAGUGCCGUGUGUAAGUGAGGUUGUUUUUGGAAAUUUUUGGAUUUUUCGUACUUUUUUAAUGAUUAUGGAGGAAAUUCCGGAGGCGCUCAAAUUGACGGUUAGUGGAGCGGGUGGUUUAAAUACUGAUCAUGGUUUAAGUCCGGAAUUAUUAGCAUCAAAUCUGCACAAAGUAAAAUCGGAGCCAGAUGUCGGAGGCUAUAACAACAUCCUUCCAUCACUUUCCCUCACAUUACAUGGUCAUGCUAUGUCACCUGUCAACCCUUUUACUUCGAUAGCCAACUCAACCUUGACCGGUGGUAGUACCACUCCCGGUCCGCAGACGCCCGGAGUAGACUCCAACGACGAACUCCGCACCGCCUCAAACUCAUCGUGCCAAUCACCUCAGCCUCAACCAUCGUCCUCAACAGCCACGUCGACGUCCAAUUCCUCAUCUUCCACUAACAGCCAAAGUAAACCACCGUAUUCCUAUGUAGCGCUAAUAACGAUGGCAAUCCAGAGCAGUCAUUUGAAGAAAGCAACGCUCUCAGAGAUCUAUCAGUACAUCACUUCGAAGUUCCCUUACUUCGAACGGAAUAAAAGAGGAUGGCAGAAUUCCAUUAGACAUAAUUUAAGUCUGAAUGAAUGUUUUAUUAAGGUACCUAGAGAAGGUGGUGGUGAACGAAAAGGUAACUACUGGACUCUUGAUCCCCAAUACGAAGACAUGUUCGAGAAUGGUAAUUACAGAAGGCGAAGGAGAAUGAAGCGACCUUACCGCUCUGCCCAACCGUACCCGAAAGCCUUUUUUGGAGACACCCUUAGUCAGCACGGAUUACCGUUACCUAGAAAUAUAUUUACCCCACCUACGUACCCCCCUGCUUAUUCCAGAUACGAUAAUUGGCUCGGCCAAACUCAACUAGCGUCUUAUACAACUUGCAAUACAGCGGCGUAUCCCCAACAAGGCUACCCUUCCCCCGCAGCUUUUAGCACGUGUAGCGUACGACAGGACGCCGCAACGAGAUACCCACCCCCUUACUGGCCUCCCGAGGGAGACUAUUCUCCGGGACCGCACGGAUCGCCUCCAACGGAUACCCAAUUGAUGCUGCAGUGGUGACUGUUGUUGAAAAAAGGCAAUGUGAUUUAAAUCGGGGUAGUGAGGUGAUCACUUCUCCUAGUGAAAUGUUUAUAUGAAUUUUAUAAAGUAAUUGUUUUUUCUUGUGAUGAUUUUGAUGAGGUGAACCAAGUGUACGAAUUUAGUGAAAGGUAGGAUUUCCUGUGAUCUGCUUUUCUUAAAAAAAAGAUAAACAAUGUAUAGAAAAACUACAUUCUGUAUCAGAUGGUGAUAGAUGAUACUAAACUUACGUGCAUAGAAAUCGGCCCACUUAAAAAUUUGGUCAAUUUUGAUGUCUCGUAUUUCCUAAACCUGUGUGCCGAUUUAAGUGAUUUUUUUAAUAUGUUAUAGCCUGAUUCUCUAACAAUAUCGCUGUAAUAAUAAUGUUGCUAAAUAGAUAAACUUUCACUGUAUACCGGGUGUACGAAUCAAACUGUGUUUUUUUCUCAAAUUUCGCAUCACCCUGUGGAAUAUUCUAGCAUUUAUAAAAUACUGAAAAUCGUUUAUGUUGGAUAAUAAAAAAAUUAGGAACCUUAACAACUAAACAUGUUCUUCAUCAAUACUCGGUGUUUCUAAAUAAGUGGGACAAACUUUAAGGGGCAAUUCUGCAUGAAAAAAUAAUGACAGUUUGCUUUUAAACGUAUGUUUGCAAAUGUUUCGUUUCGGAGAUACGGGAUGUUGAAUUUUUUUGUUACAAACUGACGAUUUAUUUACUGCUCUAAAACUAUUUGAGAUAUGCAAAUGAAAUUUGGCAGGUUUUAAGAGAUAGUUAUUGCACAAUUUAAUUUGCAUAUCUCAACUGGUUUUAGAGCAAUAAAUAAAUCGUAACAAAAAAUUCAACAUCCCGUAUCUCGGAAACGAAAUAUUUGCAAACAUACGUUUAAAAGCAAACUGUCAUUAUUCUUUCAUGCAGAAUUACCCCUUAAGUUUGUCCCACUCAUUUAGAAACACCGUGUAUUGAUGAAGAACAUGUCUAGUUGUUAAAGUACCUAACUUUUUUAUUAUCCAACAUAAACGAAUGAAUCAAAAACAAAAUGUUAAGAAAACCUGAGGCUAUAGUUGGGUUUUUCAGUAUUUUAUAAAUCCUAGAAUAUUCCACAGUGUGAUGCGAACUUUGAGAGAAAAACACAGUUUGAUUCGUACACCCCGUAUACAAUAAAAAUUUACCUAUUUAGCAACAAUAUUAUUGCAGCGAUAUUGUUAAAAAAUCAGGCUAUGACAUAUUAAAAUCACUUAAAUCGACCAACAGGUUUAGGAAAUACAAGACAUCAAAAAUGACCAAAUUUUUAAGUGGGCCGAUUUCUAUGCACGUAAGUUUAUUUCAACACCAUUUUAUAUUCUUCUUAGAGAACAUUCAUAAACUAUACAUCGUAGAGAAGAGAGAGAGAGGCUUAUUACGAUGGUAAAGUAGUGCGGCUACCUAAAGUUGUGCUCACUACGGAGAGCAAUGGAUUGUAUCCUCGCUCGGGCCCUUGCUCUCUGGUAUUUAUAUUCGUUAUAUUCGUGAAUUCUCGCAUUUAAAAUAAAUACAAUAUUUUAAAAAAUGCGAGAAUUCACGAAUAUAACGAAUAUAAAUACCAGGGAGCAAGGGUCGGAGCGAGGAUACAAUCCAUUGCUCUCCGUAGUGAGCAAACCCUAAGAGACUCAUUCAUAUUCAUCUCGGAUGGGUGCUAUUAUGGAGGUGUGGAAUUACAUAAAUAAGGGAUCUACCUGUUUUACGAAAUGAUCCAUUGUUUAUGUAAUUUCACACCUCCAACAAUAGCACUCCACUGAGCUGAAUAUUAGUUAGUCUCUUAGAUACCUGGUAAAGGUAUGCACGUCAGGAGGAAGGGGGCCAUCAGUGCACAUCCGACGUAGUUUGGUGUAUUUAAAUUUGUCGCUAUUGUCUUCAUAAAUGAUUACUUUUUAUUAGCUUCUACCAGAGGGCACCAUUAUUCUAAGUAUCAGUUAAUCAUAGCCUUACGAUUUUUACUGUCCUUCAGUCUAAUCCCAAUUUGAGGAACAUGUAUCUAAGUAUAAAAUGUUUAUAUUUAAGAUUACUUAAAAUUCUAUGGACCGUUAAAUAGCGAAACCCUUGGUAAAAAUCAAUGGUAAGAUACUAUGGGACUCUAUGGGACAGAGCUAAAAGUAGAGAUAAACGACGAAGAUAAUAAGUGAAUAAUUUUCUGGACUGAGAAAGAAAUAGAAGAGUAGAAUGAAGAAAUGAUAUAAAACGUAUGACGUCAAAUACAGUGGUAAAGAGAGACGGUUCUCCAAUACGAAGACGAUCAGUGGGAAGACCACGAAAACGAUGCUACAACAAUUUCCAGGAGGCGCAUAGAAAAACAAACACAGUCAUGUCUACACAAAAAGAAGAAGAAGAAGAAUAUAUUGUUAAUUUAAGGUGAAAGAAAUACGUAGAAUAAGAAUAAAAAAUACGUUACGUUUGGUUCACCCCAUUCCGACGUUUUGUACAAAUAGGGGAAGUGUAUAUAGACCUUAGUUACAAGAAUUAAUAUAUUUGAAAUUUGCCGAACGUUGCAAAAACUGUUACGUGUGGCCGUUUUAUUUUUAUUACUGAGUUAUCGUCGAAUAUUUUGUGUUCAAAUUAGAAAAUAAGUUUUAGGACAAACUGUAUAAUACUUACUUCCAUAAUAUAUUCAAUCAUAAAAUUAUCAUACGAGGGUCAUUUGUAAAAUAAAGUUCUCUAUGCCGCUGAUAAAGAGUGCGACGUGUUGGGAGAAGUCUGACAACACUGCAUGCUUACGCAUCAACUCUCGCUCUUUCUCACCCCAACACUUUCGCCUCCUGCGUUGCUCAGUGUCGACCUAGCAGCCUUAGAAGAUGGAGGUCACGGUUGCUUUUACUGCCAAUGUGAAAUUCAUGCUGUGAUCCGUUUUUUGAUCCGUUUAUGAGCAAAAGUGCAUAUCUGUUCAACAUGUUCGCAAUGAACGGAAAUUCACGAUGACGAUCGGAGCGGAAGGCCUUCAGAUUCAGCAUGAAUAUCUGUUCGGCCUUCACUGAAUUCUUUACACCAUUUGCAAACAAAUAGACGAUGAAUGUCAAUAGGUAAAUUCCAUUUUGCAUCUAAAAAACGUAUCACUGCAUGAAUUUCACAUUGGCGGUAACAACGACCGUGACCUCCAUCUUCGAAGACUGCUAGGCUGACACUGAACAAUACAGUAGCAAGACGAAAGUGGUGGGGACGAGAGAGAGCGACAGAGAACCUUUUUUUACGAAUGACCUAUUACGUCACAAUACACUAUUAGUAACUUAAUAUCAGUCGUAAACUAAUACACUCAUAAACAUAAAUCUUGGUAACUUUUUUUGCAUUUAUAAUAAAUAUUACUAGUGAUUUUGUACUAUAUUUUAAAGUACAUAUUAUAUUAAAAAUAAUUUCUUACGGUUCAGCGAUCGAAUAAUAGAUAUUAUCAUACUAGGUAUCAGAAAAAUAAAAAAUACAAAAUUAAUGCUGGUUUCAAAUGCAGUCGUUAGAAACUAUUGAAAAAUGGUUUCGAAAAACGUUAAAACUGUCUCUUUUACAUUUGUAAUUGUGUACGUUCUUUAACGGUAAAAUAUUGCAAAACCUCUAAAUUUUAAAGAACCGCUUGGAUUGACAUGAAAUUUGGCAUACACAUAGCUAACACGUCAGAGAAAAAAAGUGAUAUUGUGCCGAUGUGUGCUCUACUCUGGGGGUGAGUUUCACCCCCUAUUGGGGGUGAAAAAUACAUGUCCAAAAUGAGUCCGGAAACGGAUAAAAUGACUAAUUUUAAGGAACUUUUGUUCCAUAGAGUUUUUUCGCCAAGUCAAUACUUUUCAAGUUAUUUGCGAGUGAAUAUCAUUUUUCAACAAAAUAACCACGUUUUUAGACGGUUUAUCGCAAAUAACUCAAAAAAGUAAGUAUUUUCUAGAAAAAAAUAUUCUUAUCAAAAAUAUAGCCCUUAAAAAACUGAAAAAAAUGGUGUAUAUGUUAGGGCUCUGUACCUAGUAGACGCAGAGUUAUAGCUAAUGAAAAAUAAGUUCAUAUUCGUCAAAUUCGAAAUCGAAUAUUUCAAUGAGAAAUAAUCAAACAAUGAAGCACUUUUUGGGGAAAACUUAUUUCAACUUUUUUAAAGUGUUUAAAAAAAGCUUUAUUUCUGCUUUUUAAAAAAAAUUCUAGCAUCAAAAGUAAACAAGUUACGCUAAAAAUAAAGUUGGUGCCUUUUGUUUUGAUAAAAAAAUCAGGAAAAUCACCCCCUAAUUAGCAAAUCUAAUGAACUUAAUCGUUACCACUUAAUAAGUUUUUUUACUAGUUUAUGUAUUUUUUAUAUGAUCUGUAGGUCUCAUCGGUUCAAAGUUUUUAUUUUUGAAAGGGCUGCAGUUAAAAGGAUUUGAACGAGUCACUAAUCACGAGUGUAUGCAAAUUUAGAAACACCAAAUCUUAACCAGUUUUUGUUUUACAGAAAAACAAAAAAAUACAAAAUAUUCAGAAAAGCAUAGCCGACUUUUUUUUGUUUCUUAAGAUUUUUGGUAUAUCCGACAAUUCUCAAGUUAUUAUGAAACAAAGCAUGUUUUUCAAAAUUAAAAUUUUUUUAAAUUAUAUUUUAAAACCAAUUUUUUUUUAAAUAAGCACUUUGAAUUAAUGAAACUUACAGAUCAUAUAAAUACAACAUAAGUAAAGUAAGUUAUGAAGCGAUAACUAUUAAUUGCAUAUAAGUUGCUAAUUAGGGGUGAUCUUCCCGAUUUUUUUUUGCCAAAACAAAAGGGACCAACUUUAUUUUGGGUUUAACGUAUUUACUUUUGAUUCUAGAAAUUUUUUUAUAAAAUAAAAAUAAAGAUUUUUUUUAACACUUUAAAAAAGUUGUCAUGAGUUUUCCCCAAAAAGUGCUUCAUUUUUUGGAUAUUUCACGAUAAAAUAUUCUAUUUGGAAUUUGACGAAUAUGAACCUAUUUUUCAUUAGCUAUAACUCUGCUUCUGCUAGGUAUAGAGCCCUAACAUAUACACCAUUCUUUUCAGUUUUUUACGUACUAUAUUUUUGCAAAGAAUGUCUAUUUCUAGAAAAUACUUACUUUUUGAGUUAUUUGCGAAAAACCAUCUAAAAACGUGGUUAUUUUGUUGAAUAAUGAACAUAGUCACUCGCAAAUACCUCGAAAAGUAUUGACUUGGUGAAAAAACUCUAUAGAAUAAAAGUUGCUUAGAAUUAGUCACUUUAUCCAUUUCCGGGCUUAUUUUAGACAUAUAUUUUCACCCCCAUAGCAAAAGCACACAUCGGCACAAUAUAUCACUUUUUUUCUUUGUCAUGUUAGCUAUCCGUGUGCCAAAUUUUAUGUCAAUCCAAACGGUUCUUUAAAAUUUACAGCAAAAACCGUGAAAGAAUGUACUAUUACUAGUAUUUUUCGGUUAAAGUAAGCAUUAACAAAAAAUUACAAGAAUAACAUUUUGUCUUAUAAGCCAAAAUAAGCCAAAUUAUUUAAAAAAAAAGUAGAUAAUUUUUAAACAAAAACUGCAAUUUUUUAUAAAUUGUUUAAGAAUAAAUUUGUUAUAAAUAAAUAGGUUGCCAUGGAAAAUUUUCAGUAAACUUUUAAACAUAGCAUAUUAGCAUCAUAACUCAUAACCUAUCAAUUAAAACAAAUUUCAGUUUGUGGGUAUGAAAUCGACCUUUUUUUGACAAAAGCUAUAAAGGUAGAUAACUACCAAAUUUCAUAGUAAUAUAUAAAAAAUAAAAAAAUGUAUAAGUAGGUACAUAUUUAACAAUGUCAUUUAUUUUAAGACGCUGAAAGUAAAAAAUAUAUUAAUUUUUUAAAUUCCGUCCGACAUAAACGUUAAGAGCGUAGGCGCAAAAUUUCGCACCAACGCUUUUUAAAUGCAUUCUUUUUUCGAAUCCUGAGAAAACUAAUAAAUAUUUUAAAAAAAUUUAAAUGCAGAAUGAAAAAAACAAAAAGUUUUUUUAAAUCAGGCUAUUUUAAAUUAAAAAUUACAGUAAAUUUUCUUUUUUUCUUUCACCCCUUUAGCUUAUUAAAAUAAACAUUAUAGAAGUUUUCAGGGACUUUCGACCCUCGGUAAGACUGUAAUCUUUUACAUUAUUGAAAUUUUGCGCCUACGCACUUAAAAAUAUUCAAUUUUUUUUAGAUGUAAUAGAAUUCUGUAUUUAUGUAAUUUAAAUUGUAUAGUUAUUAUUAGUAAAUAUAAUUUCUAUGUGA